UUUUCCCUUUCGGACUACGUUUCCCAGAAGACACUGUGGUCCAACGCCACUUCCGGUGGGAAAGUCGGCCGCAGAGGGCGGUGAGGCAGUGGUGUGUGCCGGGCGAGGCGUCCGGCCUCGCCUGGAAUGCGAAUCAGAAUUUGGACGAGGACCUUUCCUGAGGAUGCUGAAGCAAUACUUUCUUUGGACUGUGAGUUUCUUCUAAAGUGGAACUAAGAAGAGGACUAAUAAAUACAUUGAAUUCUAAAAAAAGCCAUGGCCCAUUACUGUGAUUUGUCAUUUUAGGGGUUGGUGAUGUUCAAAGAUGUGGCUAUAGAUGUCUCUCAGGAGGAAUGGGAAUGCCUGAACUCUAUGCAGAGGAGUUUGUACAAAGAUGUGAUGUUGGAGAACUAUAGCAACUUGGUUUCACUGGGACUUUCUAUUUCUAAGCCGGCUGUGAUCUCUUCAUUAGAGCAAGGGAAGGAGCCCUGGAUGGUUGUGAGGGAAGUGACAGGAGAACAGUGCCCAGACUUGGUGUCCAGGUGUGAGGCCAAGAAGUUAUCUCCAAAAGACAUUUAUGAGACAGAGUCAUGCCAAAGGGCUAUCAUGGAAGACUUUAAAAGUCAUAAUCCUGAGAAAUCCAUUUUCAGAGAUAUUUGGGAAUGCAAUACUCAGUUUGAAAGACAACAGGAACAAGAGGGCUAUUUCAGGCAAUUUGUUAUCAACCAUGAACAUAUGCCUAUAUUUAACCAACAUUCUUUACUAACUCAGGAAUUUUAUAAUAGAGAGAAAAUCUUUGGAUGUAAAGAAUGUAGAAAAAACUUCAGUUACCAUUUAUUUUUUAGUGAUCACAGAAGAGCUCAUUCUAAAGAAAAACUGUCUGAAUGUAAGGAAUGUGCAGAAAUUCUUAAUAUAUCAUAUCUUACUAAACAGAGAAUUCAAAAUAGUAACAAGUGCAAUGAAUGUAAGGAAUGUUGGAGAGCUUUUAUUCAUUGUUCACAACUUAAGCAACACCUGAGAAUCCAUAAUGGCGAAAAACGCUAUGAAUGUAAAGAAUGUGGGAAGGCCUUUAAUUAUGGCUCAGAACUUAUUCUGCAUCAGAGAAUUCACACUGGUGAAAAACCUUAUGAAUGUAAAGAAUGUGGGAAGGCCUUUAGGCAGCGAUCACAGCUUACUCAACAUCAGAGACUUCAUACUGGUGAAAAACCUUAUGAAUGUAAGCAAUGUGGGAAAGCUUUUAUUCGUGGCUUUCAACUUACUGAACAUCUACGACUCCAUACUGGUGAGAAACCCUAUGAAUGUAAAGAAUGUGGAAAGACUUUUAGGCAUCGCUCACACCUUACCAUACAUCAGAGAAUUCAUACUGGUGAGAAACCCUAUCAAUGUAGAGAAUGUGGAAAGGCCUUUAGCUAUCACUCAAGCUUCUCUCACCAUCAGAAAAUUCAUUCUGGCAAAAAACCUUAUGAAUGUAGUGAAUGUGGGAAGGCCUUUUGUGAUGGCUUACAACUUACCCUGCAUCAGAGGAUUCAUACCGGUGAGAAACCCUAUGAGUGCAAGGAAUGUGGGAAGACUUUUAGACAGUGCUCACACCUCAAAAGACAUCAGAGAAUUCAUACUGGUGAGAAACCUCAUGAAUGUAUGAUAUGUGGUAAGGCCUUUAGACUUCAUUCACACCUUAUUCAACAUCAGAGAAUACAUACUGGUGAGAAGCCCUAUGAAUGUAAGGAAUGUGGAAAGACCUUUAGCUAUCAUUCAAGCUUUUCACACCAUCAGAGAAUUCAUUCUGGGAAGAAACCUUAUGACUGUGGAAAGGUUUUUAAUCAUGGCUUGCAAUUUAAUAUACAUCAGACACUUCAUACUGUUGAGAUGCCAGUAAGGUUUCCUCUUCUCUCUCCCCAUCCUAGUCUAGCAUCAUGAAAUUAUUUUUAGAAAUUUACAUUUUCUUUUUUUUUCUUCAAGAUAAAUGUUGGUAAAAUAAUGAAUUUCAUUAGUAUUGAUUUAUUUCAAUGAUCCUUGAAAAAAAAAAACUUCAAGCAGGGAAAAUUGAAAAAUUAUUAACAGGUAAAAAUUGCUCUAGUUCCAAUGCUGUUUCUGAGUUAUUAUAAUCAAUAUUGGAAAUAAAUUUUAUAAAUAGUGUUUUCACUGAAGCCAGUGAAGUGGCAGAAAUAAAAUGAAAACAAUUUCUUCCCCUCCCACACAUCUGUGAGAGCCACUAUGUGUGUGUUGCUCCUUCCUGCUCAAACAUACCUGCAAAUAUGGAGGGUUUAUUGCAUGUAUAUGGAAGAUUUUACCGCCUAUAGUGACAUAUUUCACAGCAAUUUCUUUUUGCACUUAAAUAAUUGUGGACUUUUUUUCCAGGUGAAUACAUACAGAUCUAACAUUGUUUUUAAAGCUCCUGAAUAUUUCUGGUAUAGGAUGUAUAUCCAUAUUUUAAGCCAUUCCUUACUAUAGACAUUUGAUUGUUCUAUUUCUUUUUCAUCCCAAAGGAUCAUACAGUAAAUAUUCUUAUCUCAUCAUUCUUUUAUUUCCAUUGGGUAGAUUGCCAACCGUGAGAGUGUAUGUAGUUUUGAUGUUACAUUAAUUUUUUAGUUUAAAAAUUUAGGUAAUAAAAAUACAUGCUACAAAAUUCAAAAGUUAUCAAACAAGUAAAGUAAGAAUUAAAGCUUUCUUAAUACCUGAUUCUAUAGGACCAGCUGUCAGGUCUUUUGUAUUCUUCCAGGGAUUAAAUUUUUUAAAUUCUUUGGAUGAAAGUGGAUUAAUCAUAAUCUUUGUUUCAUGAAAUUCUCAUCGUUCCAAAUUUAGCCCUCUUUCAUUGCAGUAUUUCCAAGGGAUUUACAGACGUGCCAACUAUCAAUUUACUGCCUGUCUUCUCCAAAUCCUUCAUUGCCUGCAAUCCUUCGCUGCAAUAUUGGAACUCUCUCUUUUGUUUAUAACAUUAUUUAUCUGAGUCCUCUGUCUCUUUGUUUUUGGUUAAGUCGGACUAGCUAAUAGUUUUUCAACUAUAUAUUUUCAAAGGGCCAACCCUUGGUUUUAUUGAUCUUUUCUAUUGUCUUUUAAGUAUCUUUCAUUUAUAUGCUCUUAUAUCACUUCCUUCCUUAUGCAAACUUUGGGCUUAGUUCUUUUUUCUAGUUUCUUGGGGUGUGAAGUUAGGUUCUUAAGACUGUUUCCCCCUAAUGUAGCUUUUAUCCCUGUAAACUCCCCCAUUAGAACUGCAUUUAUUAUAUCCCAUAUGUUUGUUUCCAUUUUCAUUUUUGUUAAGAUAUUGUCUGAUUUCCAUUUUGAUUUCUGUUUUGAUCAAUUGGUUGUUCAGGAGUGUGUACUCCUGAAUAUGUAUAAUUUUCACAUAUUUGUGAAAUUUUCCAGUUUUCCUCCUGUUAAUGAUUUGUAGUUUCAUACCAUUGUGGUCAAAAAAGUUACUUGAUAGGAUUUCAAUCUUAAAUGUGCUAAGACUUAUCUUAUGGCCUAACAUACGAUUUAUGCUGGAGAAUGUUGUGUGUGUUCUUGAGAAGAAUGUGUAUUCUGCUGCUGUUGGGUGGAAUAUUCUGUGUAUGUUCAUUAGUUCCAUUUGAUCUAAAGUGUUAUUCAAGUCCACUCUUUCCUUAUUGAUUUUCUGUCUGAAAAGAGCUACUGUUGAAAGUGGGAUAUUGAAUUUCUCUGCUCUUUUUAUUGCUAUCUACUUCUCUCUUCAGAUCUGUCAGUAUUUGCUUCAUAUAUUUAAAUGAU